CGUAAAAGGGUAUUGCCUUUCAUCGCUGAUGCAUUUCCGAUAACAAUAGUCCCCCUGAGCCAAGCAGGCCUUACAGCCAAGGUGCGACCGGCCCAUGGAGGAAUGGAGGAACGAGAGAAGCUGGAAAAAGAAAUUAGUGACAUAGAAGCGCAGAUAGUCCGCGUGACGCCCCAAGCAGAGUCGGCCCAAGCAAAGGAUGAGGACAAGCGGUACUUCCGGGAGAAGGAGCUCCUGCUACGGAAAGAGAAGCUCCUGCUCCUCGAAAAGCUUGAGAAGCUCGGAGCGCGCGCCUCGGCGGCUGGCCUGGGCGUGGGGAGCGCGGCAGGACCCGCCUCGGCGGCUGGACUGGGCGUGGAGAGCGCGGCAGGAGCUGACACGAGCACCACCUUCAUCCGGGACGUCCUGUUCGCGGGACCGGCGAAUGUCGUGAACCUGUUUAGCGUGCCGCAGGCAGGCCUGGACCAGCCGCUGGGUGCUAAGCUGCCGGUGUCCAGCUGGGCUUUGCAGGCGCUGGGGUCCAGCGAUCAGACCGACGACCAUGAGCUGAGCAAAUAUGUGGAGCGACAGCCACAGCUCACAGUUGCCAGAAACGCGCAUCGGCUGAGUUUGAUCACAACAGCGGCACUCACAGGCUUGUUCGGCCAGCAGGAGGGUUCAGAGAUCAUGAAUACCAUUAGAAUCGGUGCGCUAGUGGACACGCCGCUCAACUUCGCCGCAAAAAGCCUGGGCCUGCCCUUUCGGUUUGACCGCAACACCGCGGACAAGUCAGGCGCAACAGCACGGCGGCUUCGCCCGGACUUCCUCUUUUGGAUGCGGAACAUCCUACUCUUCAAGGGGGUGGAGAAGGCAGCCUCCGACGAGCACGAGACUGCGGUUGCGGAGUUAAAAUCCAAGAUGGCGACCUCGUGGAACCCCGCCCUGCUGCCGGGCGUCAGCAUGCCAUGCAUGUUCGCCUACGCAGCCGCUGGCAGCCAGGUGCAGUUCUUUGCAGUCACGAGCCGCGACGGUGCGGUGGAGGCGACUCCCGUCAGCGACUGCCUGCACAUCAACACACCGCUCGGCCGCAUCAAGGUCGUGCACCACACUCUCAAGGUCCUGCAAGCGGUGGCGGCUUACGCGCCCAGUGCGCCAAACCUCUCCAUCGCCCUUGGGCAGGUGUCCAAGGCGUUGACGCUCAACGGCAGCUUCCUGAGCAGUGUGACUGUGUUCCCGGACUUCAUCCGGAAGCGCGUCGACCUUUCACAGAUGCAGGGUGGCGUUCUGGAUCACAGGGCGCUGGUGGCCAUGUACCGCGCCAUUGGUCAGGUGCGCUGCCUCAACCUGGUGCGCCUUCGCGGUGACGGCGGCGUGAGCCUGCAGGACGACGGCACGACGGUGCUGCACCUGGAGCCCCUGGGGCUGCCGCUGGGGCUGACUGGCAGCCAGGCCGUCGAGAGCGAGGGCAGCCUGCGGGAUGCGGUCCGAGGCGUGCUGACGGCGUUGGUGGUGCUGCACGACGCAGGCUACGUCCACCGGGAUAUCCGCUGGCCCAACGUGAUUCGGCUGCCAGCGGCGGCGGCGGCGGCCGCGAGCAGCUCGUCGGACGUCUAUGUGCUCAUUGACCUGGAGCACGCAGCGCCCGCGGACUGCCCCCUGGAUUGCCGGCAGCCGCCGUACCGGCUGCGCACCUGGCCGGGCUCGCAUAUCCUGGACCAGGCCACUGGCCGGUUCACGUGCGAAUCAGACCUGUGCCUGGUGGCGGAGGCGCUGAUGUCGCACCUGCCGUUCGCACUGAGCGACAGCGGGCAGCACCUGCGGGAGCAGCUGGCCACCCGGAAGCUGCCCAACGCUCGGGCCGUGCUGGAGCACGAGUGGCUGCUGGCAGCAUCGCCCUAGGGACGACGACGAAGACGACUGACUCAUAGCAGCUGCACAGAUGGGGUUGUCAGCACAGAUGGGGUUGUCAGGAUGGCUGGUGCCAGUGGGCGCCGUGCCCCUAGCCUGCUGGCUGCUGGGAGCUGCGCUUUGCACCUGCUGCACGCUCACUGCCAUGGCCCGGCUGCAGCAGGGCGCGCAGCCAACGCUGACAUGCGCAAUGCCUGACGCUGGCAGAGGCUGCUGUGCAAGCCUCCCCUGAGCAAAUACGCUCGCGAGCGUGGCGUACUGCAGCAUGUGUGCCCGGGGUGUGGGGUCACGAGAGUUUGUGGGCUGUGAGGGUCUGACAUGUUGGGUGUGCGUGCUCGGUGAGGCAACGGGAUGUGAGUUGUGACGAGGUAGUCAGCUUUGGAGUCUAAUAGAGUGCAUUGGGCGGAUAGUGCGUUGCGCCGUGGACACGCCGUGUGCACUGCUGACGACGGUGUGCAGGAUUAGUUACCAGGCAUGGUCGCCUACCAACAAUAUACCGCCUAAAUAUGUACAAUCACAAAAUUGCAUUUUGGUGGGUGCACAUGAAAGCCCAGGCGAGCGCGGCAUUUCUCCACAGACCUAUCGCAUAGGACAUACGCCUUCGACCCCCGCUUACAAGCCGUUUGUGCGUCUGCUUGGGGCGUUGUCGGAAUUGCCUCCGGUGACGUUGCUGGCGCCCCGGCAGCGGGCGCGUGGGUGUUUAACGUGCCGUUAUGGGGCAACCCAGCGCUGCGGGAGGGCGCCCGCACUUUCUUUGACGUGUUUCCUGACUUGCUUGCGCUGCUGGGCCUGCUGUGUGUGGGCGCCUCGGUGGACGUGCAUGACGGGCUGCAACCCGUCCGAGAUGCGUAUGCGUAUGCGCUUGGGGUGUCCAACUGUCGAAAGCGAGUGUGAGCGCGUGUAUGUCGUGAAUGUGUGGCGCAAGGUGUUGCAGACUGGCGGCGGCAGCGGCGGCAGCAGCGGUGGCGGCGGCGGCGGCGGCGGCAGCAGCGGGGGCGCGUGCCCGCAUCUUGGUAGCGGAGGGGGUGGGAAAGGCCAUGUGGAGGAGGAGAGCGCAGCGCCGCCCAAGAAGCGGCGCAAGCGUGCAGGCUGAGGAGCCGGCGGGUGUCUAGGUAGCGAUCCGCGGUGGGGCUGGCAGGGCAUGCGUAGCAUUCGCAUUCACUAGCAAACACUUCGCUAUGCGUAGCGGCAUGGCAAGCAGUGCGGCUGUUGACAACUGUGCUGUGUCUGGCUGCGGUUGGCUCUGCUGUGGCAUCGCGACUGCUAGCUAGGCACCUGGUUUGACUAUGUGCCUGUGGAAACCGACCCCGGCUAUGUCCGGGCGAUGAGGUUGUUCGGCCUCAGACUGUGGAGGCCUGUGGAGGGGCUCAGCCCCUUGUCCCGUGACCGGGGAACACUUGUCACUGCGUGCCCGGCCAAACCGAAUGCGCGUCAGCAAAACAUCGACACAUCCU